UGCACAAGCCCCGCCCCCAGCCCGGCGCGGCGGCAGCGGCGCGGCGAUGGCGGCGUCGCCCAGCGCCAGCUCCCUGCGUCGGGCCGGUAACGAGGAGUUCCGCCGCGGGCAGUACGGGCCGGCCGCCGAGCUCUACACCCGCGCACUGCAGCUGCUGGAGGCCGCAGGGGAGGCCGCCGCCGAGGAGCGGAGCGUGCUACUCGCCAACCGCGCCGCCUGCCACCUCAAGGACGGCGCCUGCCGCCUCUGCAUCGCCGACUGCAGCGGCGCCCUCGACCUGGUCCCGUUUGGGAUCAAGCCCCUCCUCAGGCGGGCCGCGGCCUACGAGGCCCUGGAGAGGUACGGCCUGGCCUACGUGGACUACAAGACGGUGCUGCAGGUGGACUGCGCCGUGCAGGCGGCACAUGACGGCGUCAACAGGAUGACUAAAGCUCUGCUGGAGAAGGAUGGCGUGAACUGGCGCCAGAAGCUCCCACCAAUCCCCACGGUCCCUGUUUCUGCCCAGAUGAGGUGGAGCGUUCCUUCUGCUGGAACCACCGGGGCAAAUGCUGCCCCUGCAGCUGCACUGCAGGGAGGACCAGACCAGACCGCUGCUGGCACAGAGAGAGCUCGAACACUGAAGGAAGAAGGAAACGAACUUGUAAAGAAAGGAAACCAUAAAGAAGCAGUUGAGAAGUACAGUGAGAGUUUACAGCUUAGCCAGGAAUGUGCAACUUACACCAACAGAGCUCUCUGUUACCUGACUCUGAAGCAAUACAAGGAAGCAGUACAGGACUGCACAGAAGCUCUGAGGUUAGAUCCUAAAAAUGUUAAGGCACUCUACAGGCGUGCUCAAGCACUUAAAGAACUGAAGGAUUACAAAUCCAGUAUUGCCGAUAUCAAGAGCUUGUUGAAAAUUGAACCAAAGAACACAGCUGCACUGAGAUUACUGCAAGAACUGAACAGAGCCUAGUGUAACCAAGCAACAAGGAAAGCUUUGUUUUCCACUGCAGAAGAAAGCUUUCUCCUCUUCUGAUGUUGUUACAGGGACCAAUCUUAAUGCAGGAUCGGUAUUGAAAUCUGUCUUCUAUGCUGCUGACAUCUAACAGGUUCUGUGCCAGCACAAUGAAUGUUAAGACACAAUCUGUAUCAAACUCUGGCUCUAAGAUUAUGCAAAGUUUUGCUGCCCCCCCCGAGAGGCAUGCAGGUUAACUUCCCUUGCUGAAGUCAACUUGCCUGUAACUCUUGGCCUCAGGGACUCUCUCUGUGUUGGCUGAGAUGCAUGGGAAGUGGCUGUUCUUUCUGAGGAGCUACAGAGUGGUUUUCUUGUCCUUAUUCAGGUGACAGUUUUGCUGUGUUUGUGCUUCUAUUACUUAAGUAAGGUUGCUGCAGGAACUGCUGCAGUUGCCCUGGCACCACAUACCAUUCUUGUAAGAGGGGUGCAGUUACUUGCACAGGGCUGAGCUUGUUCCCUCUCCUACUUGAUGCCUGCUGGCCCUCAGCUGAGUUUCUGCUCUUCAGUGGACUGGGCAGAUGUUUACAGUGGCAGCUUUCUUUUAUUUUUAAUUAUUCUGCACAUUUAAGGAAACAGCAGCAAGUUAAGCCUGCCUUGUUACACUGUGCACUACUACUUUCAGAUUGUGGGUGCUUGGGAAUUUUACAAAUGGUUUUUGUUUUGUUUUUGUUUGCUCUUUUUAAAAAAACUUCAGCUCCUCUGUGCCUUUUAGAGCAGUUGCUACAGGGUGUUAUGAGGAGGGGGAUAUGAAGUAACAUCCCAGCUGAGGUCUGGCUUACUACUUCAAUGCAUGUUCAUACUUUUUGAUCUUUUCCUUAUCUGGUAUUGAUGGCACUGACUUAAAAUGGUAGAUAAAGAGAUAUUUGGAGUUAUUCUAGGAAUUGAUAAAACCAGUUCUCAUUAAAGCCAUGUUUAUUUUCAUUUUA